AUGGCUAUCAAGCUUGAUACUUCGAAUCAUCCAUCAGCUAUCCUCAAUGCUUAUAAAUAUAAUCAAGACAAAUUAAAAGAAUAUCAGCUUCUUAUAGAAUACCGAAGCUUAAAACAUUACGCGCCAGUAGGAGUCUACGUUCUUCCACAGCUUAACAAUAUAAAAAUUUGGCAGGGUGUUAUUUUCAUACGGCAAGGGCUUUAUAAAGGUGGAGUAUUCAGAUUCAAAAUAGAAAUUCCUGAAAACUACCCAACAAUUCGACCUUCAGUAUUUUUUCAUACUUAUGUAUUUCACCCCUUAAUCCAUCCAGAGACUGGAGAGCUAGCAUUAGGGCCUCAAUUUCCUCUAUGAAGACCUGGAAAAGAUUUUAUAUUUUGUAUACUGGGAUAUAUUAUGUCCGUAUAAAUAAAUAUAGUCUCUAUUUUAUAAGUAUUCGUAACGAUUUUUUUAAAAUUAUAGCUUUAAAAACAAGAAAUAGCGGUAAAUAUAAUAUAUUUAGAAUAAAAAAAUAUUUUACUUCAAAGAUACAUGGACUAUGUCUAAAUAUGUUUUAAACUCACAAGCUUUGUAUAUAUACACACAAGAUGAAAGAAUGUUCAAUGAAGAGGCAAGAAGAUGUGUUUUGGCUUGUGAAGAAGAUGAAGAAAGUAAUACGAAAAAUCCUUUUAGGUUUACCAAUUUUAAUGCUUUUCAUAGCUCCCUCUCCGUGACCGAGCAAACUUACGGAAAAAUUCAACAAAAAAAAACCUUCUGUAAAUGAGCAAUGAAAUCUCGAGCUAAUUGAUUUUUAAACGAAAUGCAUUCUAAAACAUAAAUUGCACAAUUAAAUUAAUUUUUUCCUUUCAAUUUUUGCGAAUUAAGUUAAGUUAAGUGUAUAAGUCCAUAAGCGGAUGGACCAAUAGCCUGCAUAUCAGGCAUAAGCCCUAUCUAUCAGGGACAGUAAAAACCUUCACCUACUCAAAAAAGUGAUAGAGGUACUAUUUUCAGCUUUAUCGGGACGGGUCCGACCUGCUCUAUAGAGUAUAUCUCGGAGUAGAUAUAACUAUUUUUUUUCUUUUUGCGAGUUAGGAAUGUUUUUAAAAGUAUUUAUUAUAGAAUUUAAUGUAAAAUUUCUGAAGAGGUGAGUAAGAAAAUUUUGGAUGUUUUAAGAAAAAAUCCAAAUGAUCCUGGGCAAUUCAUGAGAUGGUUUAAUAAGACGUUUAAUGCUAUUUCUUAA